GCCAACUCAGCUAAUCCCAGUUCCUUGCCUGGCUUGCCGUCCCUCUUCCAUCUGCGUUUGCCUCAAGCUUUCUAGCGUCUGCGUGCCCUCAAACUCAACCGCCGACGUGAGUUGUGCUCGUGUCUGUCUGUUGUUGCGCCCAGGCGGCCUUGUCCACUGCUAGCCCAUGUCGCACGACUUUUCAUCCCAGAUCAACUCAGCGCCAUAUUCGCCCGCGUCAUCGCACUUUUCCCACCAAAGCAUGGCCGAUCCCAAUGUGCAGCAGCAGUCGCGACAGCAGACCGUCGCCUAUCCCUCACCGCACUCAUACCCGUCGCCCUCGAUGCAGCCCACCUACACCUACCCACCGCCUCAGGGCCAGCAAGCCGCCGAGGCCUAUCGCGGUUCUCCCCAAAGCUCAAACAUGUCGUUGCCGCCCCUCAACCUGCCGCCAAUCCGUCUGCAGGACGGCCAGCAACCGCAGGCGCAACCUCAACCAGCCCAGCAGCCCAUGGGCUCGCCACUCCCACCACCACCACACGGUAUGCCGCAGUACUAUCCGCACCCAGCUCAUGUGCAGCCCGGACAACCCAUGAUGGCUAACAUGGGCCCUCAAUUCAAUGCCAUGCGAUACCAGCUGCCGCCCCAAGGCGACCAGCGAGUGCUCUCGGGAGGUCGCCACAAGAAGGAGAUCAAGCGCCGCACAAAGACUGGUUGUCUGACCUGUCGCAAACGAAGAAUCAAGUGCGACGAAGCGCAUCCCAUGUGUAGGAAUUGCCAAAAGAGUAAGCGCGAGUGUCUUGGCUACGAUCCGAUAUUCAAGCAGCAGUCUGGCCCGGCUCAGAUACAACCUGCCCCCAACGCUGCGCCUGCCUCUCAAGCACCAAACGCACCCCCCGCGCCUGCACCGCCAGCUUCAGCGUACAGUCAGAGCCCUGUGCCCCAAGGCUACGCGCCUGCCUCUUCGGCCGGCUACGCAAGCGCUGCAUCUGCGACGAGCGGGGAACACCAGCCAGCCAGCUUCCACGCCAUAGACCCUGCACUUGCACAGGCAGACCCUGCCCUGCAGUCGACCCAGCACUACAACGCCGGUCACGCUAUGGAUCCUGCCAUGAGGGGUCCUCCUGGCCCCAACGCCUACCCGCCUCCACCAGAGCCGCUCAAAGGCAAGCGCCUGCACAUUACCGACAUCUUCGGCAUAUGUAACCACAGUCCUCCAGAAGUCCCCCCUCGCACCUCGCCUGUGCCGCGUGAGAUUGACGACGAGUUCAGUCGCAUCUUCAUCAAUGAUUACUGCCAGGGACUGGACCUUGUUCUCGAGACCACAUGGUUCUCUACAGAAAACAAUGCGCUCAACAGAGUCUUCAGCGACCGCUCGCUGCACGAAGAGGCCGCUUACUUUACCGAGACCAUCAAGUACAAAGCAUCCGACACAGACAUGACUGGUGUCUUUAGUCAGGAAGCCCGUCUGCUCUGGCACCUGCUAGGUACUUGUAAACACAACCCACCAGCAACCAAUGGUGCAACUUCGGAGACGGACGACUUCUCAUUACGAGAAACUCGAGCCCGCUUCGACGUUCUCGAGGCUCUUUUGACCAACCAGAACCUUGCGCCCAACCCUCUACGCGAACUCACUUACCCUGCCAAUCUCGACGAAGAAACUAGGAUGCAAGUGGAUUUCUGGAUGCACUUGGGUGACUUUGUGCAAUACUCGGACUCGGACACUGCGCCUCCCGGAGCUGCCGAUAACGCUCUUGCUGUAAUACGUAGUGUGUUGCGCAUGCACGAAGUGCGGGAUGCAAUCUACUCGAUUGCCAUUGCGCGUCACUAUGGCAGCCGAAUUGGUGGUUUCCCCAACGCCUUACCAGCCCCUGUGAACCAAGCUCCGGAAAGCGACUUGAAUAAGCUUCUCGUAGCCAUGUCUUUUAUCAGUCAUGAGAGCCGUGCAGCAAGUCAGCAGGUUCUUGCACGCAUUUGCGACAUGGCCAUGUUCUCAUGGACUGCCUCACGAAUGCCCUCGGGCCAUCAGCCGGGAGGCUUUCCACAAUGACGACCAUCUGGUGUAGUCUGAAAGUUAUAAGGCAUAUUCCAAAAAUACAGAAGCCCUCGGCCCGUACUUUUGUACCACCAACUGG